CCGCCCCAGCCGCGGCCGUCAUGCAGUCCCCACCGGUGCUCGUCACCUCCAGACGAGUGCAGAACGUCCACACAGGCCUCGACCUGGCCGUGCCGCAGCACCAGGAGGUGCGGGGCAAGAUGAUGUCCGGCCACGUGGAGUACCAGAUCCUGGUGGUCACCCGGCUGGCUGCGUUCAAGUUGGCCAAGCACAGGCCCGAGGAUGUGGUCCAGUUCCUGGUCUCCAAAAAGUACAGUGAGAUUGAGGAGCUUUACCAGAAGCUGAGCAGCCGUUACCCAGCGGCCAGCCUCCCUCCGCUCCCCAGGAAGGUCCUGUUCGUCGGGGAGUCUGACAUCCGGGAAAGGAGAGCCGUGUUCAACGAGAUUCUGCGCUGUGUCUCCCAGGACUCUGAGCUGGCCAGCAGCCCAGAGCUGCUAGAAUUCCUAGGUACCAGGUCCCCGGGCGCUGCAGACCUCGCCAGCAGGAAUGUCUCGGUCCUGGACACAGCCAGCCAAGCAGGGGACGAUGGGGAGGCCUUUGACUUCUUCCAGCAGCAGAAAGGAGCGGAGGGACCGCCCACCCCAGGCCAGAAGGAUGAGGAUGCAGGGAAGUCCUCUGAAGAGGAAGAGGCUCUGGACCCUCUGGGCAUCAUGCGCUCCAAGAAGCCCAAACAACGCCCGAGUGUCGCUGUGAAGCCCAGACCCUCGCCCCGGCUCACCCUCUUCGACGAAGAGGAGGACCCUGACGACGGGCUCUUCGGCCCCAGCAGGAAGCUCUCCCCCUGGGGCCCCACAGACGACACAUCCCCCGGGGACCCCCUGAAGUUGUUUGACGAUCCUGACCUUGGUGGGGCCGUGCCCCUGGGUGACCCCUUACUGCUGCCAGCAGCACCUGAGAGCGGAGGGCCCACGCCCCACCGGGGCCACGAGGAGCUGUUCAGAGUUGAAGAGGACUUGGACCAGAUUCUGAACCUGGGGGCCGAGACCAAGCCCCAGCCCCGGCCUAAGCCCAAGCCGCCAGUGGCAGCUAAGCCGGCGCUCCCCAGAAAGCCAGCUGUUCCCCCCAGAGCGGGCCCGCCAGAGGCCGAGGCUGGGCGGCAGCGGCGGCAGCAGCAGCAGCAGCAGCAGGUCCAAGCCAUGGACGAGAUGGACAUCUUGCAGUACAUCCGGGACCACGACGCGCCUGGCCAGGCCACCCCCAGCCUCUUCUGACGCCCCCUCCCGGGGCUGGCCUGGCCAGCGGCCCUGUUCCUCCAUGGGGGCUUGUGGGGAGGUGGACACUGUGCCCUGCAGGCCAGGACUUCGAGUGCCCAGGGAGCGGUGGGGGGAGUCCAGGGCACAGGACCCCUGUACCACCUUGUGGGGUCAUGGAGCCCUGCAGGGUCAGAGGGGUCACUGCAGGAAUUGAGCAGUCGUCUCAGCCUCCUGCACAUGGAGGCAGAGCAGGUGGGGCCCAGGCUGGGCUGAGACGGGGGCCCAGGCGGCUUCGCUCCGGGCAGAGAAGCUCGGUGCCAGCUGUGCCCACCGGCCCUGCCGCCUCAGCACAGGAGGGAGGGUCCGCCAGCCUGGGUGGGGUUGGGGACCAGAGUCUCUGGGCAGCGUGGCUCCUGAGGCCUCUAGGCUCUGGGAGGGUGCCCCAGGAGAGGGGUGCUGAGUGGUGCCUGGGAGAGCCUGGCUGGGUGGGGUGUCACUGAGAUGCCUCCGGUUACCAGGUGCUAAGCAGGGUGCUUCCCCCCGUGUCCCAUUAGAGACGUCGGGCCCAGCCCUGCUCCUCUGGGUGUAGUGGCGUAAGCCCCGGUCUUCCGCUCCUCCUUUCACAGGGCAGACCUGGCCAGCAGACCAUGGCCCGCUCGGGCCCCUGGCCACGCACCAGUGCCUCGCCCCGCAGCUCUGAGCGGGGUGAUCCCGGCUGGCCUGGCGUGGCGUGUCCCUCCUGUUCAGGGUGGGCUUAGGCAGCAUGUUCUCCAGCAGCUGCUCUGAAGGUCUGGUCUGUGCAGAGCUGAUACUGCCAGGCCUUCCCCGUCCUCCGGGUCUGGACUUGCUCACCGGCCUUUCCCAGUGGGAGCCCCCAGGGAGAAGGAGCCUUGUGCCAGGCGGGGCCAGUGCCUUAGACUCCCCCGGACCCCACGCCCAGCACACGGGUCUGGGCCUGGUGCAGUACUCAGGAAAUCUCAGUGAAUGAAUGAUGUUUAAUGGAGCAAAGAAUUCCUUUUUUAUGAUAUAGUCUUCAUGUUCAGACCUAGUUUUUAAUGAAACACAACUUUUUUUUAUGAAAUGCGACCACUCUUGCUUCUUGGCCUGUCCUGCCUGACCAAGGCAGUGGAAGGGGGUUUGGGACGAGGACCCCAGACCUAUCCUGAUUGGUGCCAACAGGCAACCCUGAGGGAGACCCCCUGGCCCGGGCUGGGUGCUUGCUGCCAUCAGAACCUCCAGUCCCGGCCUGCCCCGUGGCGGGGGCACUCGAUCCGAUCUCCUCAGCUGUCCAGUCCUGAAAAGGUUGCCCCUACCCCUGCGCUUGUGCCAGAGUGAGAAACAGGCAGUUCUGGGCCCUGAGAGCUGAACCCCUCCUUCUCUGCCUUACUCAGGCUCCUGGGGCCCGUCUCCCUGGGCCCUGCGCUGGCUCUGGGACAGCCUCAGCCCCGGCUACUAGCACGUGCCAGGCCCA